GUGUUAGGAUGAAAAGCUGGUUUCGACGUACAAACGUCGAGCCACCUACGUACAGGGAUACGGGCAACUCUAGGUGUGCUUGGGCCGGCAAUGGGAGUGGACAAGAAUCCAUUCUCCAGGCAAACAUCCACGGUCUCAAGCCAGUAUGCACUUCGACUCCCAUCCUCAAGGAACUUGAACGAGGCACGAAAGAGUUUACGGCUGUGGCGCCAUCCUACACGUGUACCAACAGUGCUGCGGAUAUGGAAGAUCCAUUGUUUGAAGCGUGUUGAUGACAAGUUCACUCAGUACCAACGCGCCAUAACGUCAAAACGCAACGUCGCCAGAGGAAAUACCCGUUUGCUAUGGCAUGGAACAAUUCGAGCGUGUAGAAUCGGCGACAACAGCAGCAUGGGUAAUGUGUGCAAUAGACCCAGCUGCUCAGUAUGUGGGAUUAUCAGAACGUCCUUCUCCAUCGCAAGAGUGGGUCAGCAUCACAAGUUUUCCCAAUUUGGGAAAGGGAUAUAUACGACCGGAACGUCGUCCAAAGCGAAUGACUAUGUCGUGGAGCAGGGUGGGUCGCCAUACAAGGCGAUGCUCCUGAGUGAGGUUGUGGCAGGCAAAGAAGCAAGGAAGACGGCGAAUGAUCUGAUGUUGUCCAAGCCACCUGACGAGUGCGAUUGCGUUCUCGGCGUGCCCGGAACACAGUCGGUCUUGAACUACGAUGAAGUGGUUGUAUACAGGGACGACGCUAUCCGCCCGUCAUUCCUGGUUAUUUACCAGUCAGGCUGAUGCGAAUGCAGGAUUGCGGAAUCUCUGAUCUGUGUUUGGAUAACCAUUGUACAGAUUGAUGGUUCAGGAUGACGCUCAUGAUCUGUAUCUCAUGCAAGUUCCUCGUUGCGGCCCUUACUCACAAUGAUUGUCGUGGUCGCUGGCCCGGCCGCCACACCCCGUUAUGUACCGUAUUGUCACAGAUGAUAGUCGUACUACGCAUUCCAGUCAGAAAUCAUACUUCGGGAUUUCAACCUA